UCAAUAAACGAAAUCUAUUUGAAAUUUAAUUUAAUUUGCUUGAUUUUCACCAUGGAUUUCCCAAAUACAAGUGGAAUUAGAAGUCCGUUUUCACCUAGAGUCAGACAAUCGAUCACAGGUCGACGGCCGGGCUUGGGCUCUGCAAAAAAGAAUCAAAGUAAAUUUAUGCAGUCGGCUGAAGCCCCGACAGGAGAAGUGAUUUACAAGACUCCUUUGACGACGGUGGAGACAUACGGACACCCGUUGCCUGUGUUAGUGACAGAGGCCCUUACAUUUGCAAGCGGUGAAGUGACAGUGGGACUGUCUGCCAACGGCUACUGCUGGCUGGUGUUCGGGCGGAGGCUGCUGGUGUGGGCGCGGGACGGCGGCGCGGCACGCGAGCUCACGCUGCCGCAGACCGACCUGCAGCACAAGGCCGAGCUCGUUGAGGUGUUCUAUGAGGAUGGGGCACAGAUGCCAUCCUGCAUUGGCGUCUCACCAGAAGGCGUGGUUCGCUACUGGCCCUCCGUAGGCCAGGAACUAUACGUGGACACCAGCUGUGAGCUGGCCGGGCAGGAGUGCAGCCGACUGGUGGCUUCAGAGUCUGCAUCAGGAACUUUGUUGCUGGCCACUACAUCCUGUAGCUUAUUGCAGCUGAAGCCAGAACCGGAGCGCCCCGGCGUCACCUGCAGGCAGCUUCGUCCGCCGUCUGGAUGGUUGGGUGGCAUCGGCAGGCGCGUGUCUCUUCUGUUCUUUGGUUCUAUGCCAGCUAACGCUGAUACUAAACUUGUCGGUGUGGUAAUUCUCCAAGAUGGGCCCAUGUCAGCCUCCGAAGAGCCCGGCUACAUCGCCUUGGUCGGUGGUGGCGGAGGUGCAGUCCUACAACUGUGGCGAGGCCCAGACUUACAUGAACACAACUUGAGGAGGGCGCUUACAGACGCCAGCAGGGCUCAAGGCGACGCGAGCAGCCUGCAGGUGACGUGCCUGGACGUGCGCGCGAGCUCGCCGCGCGCGCUGGCGCUGCUCGUCGCCUGCGCCAACGUGGCGCGCUCCGACACCCGGCACGCCAUCGCUUACAUGUCCGUGGAGGACCCGGCCAACCCCAGAGUGACUUCUCUCAUACCUCUCCGUGGCUGCACACUGUCUCCGGACACCUCUCCGCGUCUCUUACCUCUGCCCAAUGCUGCAGCUCUGUAUACCAGCACCUAUGUGGCUAGAGUCAGCACAGUGGCAAACGACAAAGUGGAAUACAUAGACGUGGCGUCUGAAGGCGACAGAAUCCUGGGCGCUACCAUAUGCAACGGGCAGCCGCUACUCUUCAGCAGGAAACAUGGCGUACUGGCGCUCACUUCUGCUGAGACUGUGUCUGCCAACGUAUCAGUGUGCGAGAGCCCCAUGGGCUCCCCGUGUCCGUCUGACAUGUACGACGGCAACCUUUCGCUGUAUGAAAUCGAUCCGCAUGAGGUGAGUAUGGUCACAACAGACGCCUGCGGAAAGCUCAAAACCGCCUUCCUGUUCCAUCUGCGGCGCGACACGUCCGCCUGCCGCGACAUCGUGCAGGACCUCUUCCCGCACAAGCAACGCUCCGACCCCGCGCUGGAUAAUACUGUCGUCAGGAUAGCUACUGAGCUGUGUGACGACAUACCGCAAGGGGAUCCCAGAUGGAAGCAGCGUCCAGGCGGCCCCGCUACCAACAUUCCGCUCGGCAGCUCCUCAGCGCUUCAAAUAAACGCGCAGCUGAGGGACAAACAACGAGCGUUUUCGCUGUUCGCCGACUUCUUACGGGCUACCGGGUUAUGGCAGCGACUGGGAUCUGUCUCGUUGGAAACCGAAGGCGAGUGCGUCAGCACAGUGUCAGCAUUAGGUAUGCUGGCAGAGAAGCUGGCUACAGCACUGGCACUCAGGAAGAAACAGCAAACUGGAGACUCACAACUCAUCGACGCUGCUGUUUACCAGGUGGUUUGCGGCGACGAAGCGGAGCCAGAAGAGCCGGAAGUAGAAGCGGCUCUAUCCUCCGGAGCCUUAUCUCCGGCCGACGUCUGUUUUAGACGAGUCUCUUCCAUCCAACGCGUGUUGGUCGCGUUAUGCUCCGUGUGUGCGCCCGCGCAGCACGACGCUCGAGCGUUAGCCUCGCACGCUCAACACGUUUCAAGAUUACUCACGAGCAUCCUAACGGAAGUGCACGGCGCGCGCGCGCACUGGCCGCCGGCGCGGGCGCUGCGCGCGGGCUCGUUGCUGCCCAAGCUGGUGCAGCUGCACACCAGAGCUGUCGCUCAAUACGGCCCCGGCUGUCCCGACGUAGUUCUCCGCUCGUCCUUGUACGAGGCCACCAGUCUCCUAGCUGACCUCAUACUGACCGAAGCUGAGCCGCUGCGGCAACACAGCAACACGCGACACGUCGCCGACAAGAUGCGACGCGACAUCAUACAACCCUACAUCGACGCCGGGCAGACGGAGCGCGCGGCGGUGCUAGCGGAGAAGUUCAAGGACUUCGAGCUGCUCGUGCACAUGUGCGCUCGCCGAGACGACAUGGAGCGCCUCUAUUCCUACAUCGACAAGUACUCCGCCGAGGGUAUCGCGGAGAUCGCAUUCGCGUACCUAAUGGAGCACGGCGGCGCCACGACCGCUCGUCUAGUGCGCGCGCUCGGCGCCCGCUACCCCGCGCGGCUGCACGCCUGGCUCGCGAGGACCUCGGCCCGGGACCCCGUGAGAGCUCUGCAUCACCUCAGUGCGAAGGAUUACGGCCAGGCGGCUCAAGUUCUAAGUGGGCUGGCUCAAAAUGAAAAGGAAUCGGUGAAACGAAUGACGAUGUAUAUUGAGAGCGAGAGCGACACGUUGACGGAAUACGACUACAAGAAGGCCCUCGACCUUACCGACUUCGUGCAGGACAUGGAGCGCCGCGACGACUUAAGACUCAGGGUGUGGUGCGCGUGCAUCCGGCGCUCCUCUUGGGACACAGUCAACGUGGAGGCGCCUGCUGCUGAGCUGCAGGACAAGAUGUUCUUCCGCCUCAUGCAUCUCGUGCACUUCAUGGGCGGCGACCUGGAGCUGCUGCUGCCGCCCGCGGAAGACAUCCUGACGGCGCGCGAGCUGGCCGAGCUGGUGUCGGACGCGCGCUUCCGCUACAUCAUCAAGUACGGCUACGAGUGCUUCCACACGCCCGACCAACACGACAUGCUCGCCGAGUGACCACGAAUAACACGGUGCCAGUACGGACAUUGUUAUACACGGUGAAACAUGAGGGAACCGAAACAUUUUAACCGUUUCAGAGGAAAAAAUAAAGAUAAAACGUUAUAUGGAUGUAUUUUCACAUAAAAAGUAAAUAUUAUUCGUAAAACUAGCCGGGUAAAACUUUUUCUAUAAUAAACUUUGAAAAAAAUGAAACCACCUUCAAAAAUAAGCGCAUUACAAAACACGGAGAAACUAA